CACCUCUUCCUGGUGGGAAAUCUCAUUUUUGAAUACAAGUGCUGAAUCUUCGCCCGUGGAAGCGUCUCCUCCGGCUUAGAGGGCGGAGGCAUUGCAUUGCAUUGCAGGGAGAAGUUGAUUAGAGAACCUCCUGUUAUUCCCCAGCCAGGUGAUCUAGGCCACCUUCAAAAGAAGUGUUGAGAGACUAGAAGACAAGACAGUUGGAAGAAAAGAACGGCAUCCUGUUUUCCCCCCCGAUGGAUGAGCAGGAGGCCACAGGACCUAGUGCUUGGGAAAGAAUGGAGAGUCUUCCCAAAGCCCCAUUGGUUGCACAGAUGAGUGGCUCUGAAGAGUUUCUGAUGGAGGCACCACCACAUCAUGUGAAGCAGGAACCCACCGAGGGUUUGCAAGAUCUCUGGGAGAACCAGUGGCAGGAGUUCCUCAGGACCCUGCAGGCACCAGACCUGGAGUGGGGGACUUCUCAGAUGUCUGAUCGGCUCACUCCCUGGGACGAUGCCAGAACCUUCCUGGCCUCCUUUGAACAAGUCGCAACCGUUUGCCGAUGGCCUCGGGAUAAGUGGGUGACCUUUCUCUGGCCAGCCCUGAGCGGAGAGGCCGAGCAAGCCUUCAGCCUCCUCCGCGUUCAGGGGAGGGCAGACUAUGAGAAAGUGAAGGCGGCCAUCUUGGAAGAAGAGGCCACCGCCAGGGAGAGACAGCGCCAGUACUUCCGGCAGCUCCGCUACCAGGACACAGAAGGUCCAAGAGGCAUUUAUGAGCAAUUGCGGGAGCUCGGCUGCCGGUGGCUGAAAGUCGAAAGACGCACGAAAGACGAGAUUUUGGAACUGCUAAUCCUGGAGCAGUUCCUCAGCAUCCUGCCGGUGGACAUGCAAAUUUGGGUCAGGAAAUGUAAACCUGGCAGUUGCACCCAGGCGGUAACCUUGGCUGAGGACUUCCUGUUGAAGCGGAAAGAGGCCGCAAAAUUGGAACCGAAGGUGCCACCUACAGAGGAGGCUGUGGAACCUUCUGAGACAGGACAAACUCUGGAUGGCUGGGCUGCCCAGCUCAGCAGAGACACCAAGGAAGGCGAGCGCAAGGAGGCAACAUGGCUAUGUGAUGAGCAGGUGUGGGGGAAAGAAAUGAACUCCAUUCAUCCCAAAGGACAAGAACAAACGGAUCCCAAGGAUGUUUCUCUGGAAACAAACAAGGAUUUCCAAUACUGUAAGAACGGUGCAGUGUUGGAAAGUCCGAGCGAAAGAGGGAAUGUGCCAGCAAUGGGUCCUGAGAAGGGGGUGGACCUGACUAUUUUCUGCACUGAUGAUCUGGGCCGUGCUCCAGAACAGCAGAAAUUCUUGGGUGACCAGGUGCAGCACACCAAAUCAGACCACAGAGGGAACUUUGGACAAAGCUCGGAUCUUCUCCCGCAUCAAAGUACAGAUACGGCUGGGAAAUCGUAUCUGUCUUUACAGGGUGGUAACAACUUGGUGUCAAACCAGGCCCUUAUAACCCAGUCGGGAGUUUACACGAGUCCAGGAAGCAUGAAAUGCUCCCCUUCUGAUCAACGCUUCAACUCUGCUUCAAGUUUCAAGGAGCAUUUGAGUACCCCUAACGGAGAGUCUUCGUUUAUCUGCUGUUAUUGUGGAAGAAACUUCGGAUCCAGUUCAGUCUUACGGGAGCAUCUCCGAGCGCACACGGGAGAGAGGCCGUACCGAUGCCUGGACUGCGGAAAGGGUUUCAACCAGAAGCAUUAUUUGACCAUCCACGAGAGGCUGCACAGCGGAGAGAAACCCUACCAAUGCAUUCACUGUGGAAAAAGCUUUCCGGAGAGAUCCCGGCUUCUCAUCCACGAGCGGAUCCACACGGGCGAGAAUCCCUUCGUUUGCUCCGAGUGCGGAAAGGGCUUCAACCAGAAGGGGAAUCUCAUGACCCACAUGAGGCUGCACACGGGAGAGAAACCAUACAAGUGUGCUCUUUGCGAGAGGCGGUUCAGCCAAAAGGCAGGCCUCAGCUCCCACGAGAAAACCCACAUAGGUCUGAAAAGAACAUUUUGAUACAGGCCGCUGGGCUGGUGCCUCGAGUGGAUGAAACUUGUUUUAGAGGAAAAUCACAAACCUCAUAAUCGAAGGGAACCUUCAGAAUUGCAGCGAGGUAUCUAGGAAAAUGUCAUUCCAAACCCGUGUUUCUCAACCAUGGCAACUUUAAGAUGUUUGGACAAUUCCCCAGCCAGCAUGGCCAUUGCUAAAGAUUACUAACAGUUGAUGUCCAGAUAUCUUAAAGUUGCUACCAUUGAGAUAUACUGCUGGAGAAACUUAGACUGUGCAGCUGUCAUGCCCCCAUCGGAGCCUGAAUCUGUGGAGGAGGAUGAGCGGAGCUAAAGCUGAUGGAGAUCAAGGGGGCGGCUUCUUGGCAUGUGGGGAGGAGCAGGCCGAGGCAGCCCAGGGCCUCUCAGGAUUGGGACGGCUUGUUAGCAAGGAGGAACCGGGGGCAGGAUGACCGAGAGGGUAAGCAGUAGACAUGAGAAACAACAGAGCUCAGGCGAUGAGCAAGGAUCACCCCCUCCUGAUCCCCAAGCACGGAGAGUGGAGAGGAGGCGGGAACAGCACAGGCCAACUGAUGACUUGGGAGGAGAGCUCCCCGCCCCUCUUCACAAGGCACACCUGGGGACUGAGAUUUAAGGAGAUGCUGUGGGGAAGAGACAUUUGUCGGGAACAAAUGCUGAAUUGGUAGAGUUUGAUGUGCUGGUAUAGACAUUUAGAGUUUGCAGGACUGCUCGCUUCUUCCUUACUUGUGGACUCAUUGCUUUCUUCCUGACUUUGUGGACUCAGGACCUUGUUCCUGAAUUUGUGGACUCCUUGUUUGUUUCUUGUUUCGUGGACUCAUUUCCCUGUUCCUUUGUUUUGCUGGACUGGGUGCAGCUAGAGGCUGCGAUGUGCGAGUAUGUGUGUGUGCUUUGCCCUGGGACUUGCCAAGAACCUGGGAGUGUUUGAGGGAAAAUUUGGAGCAUUAAAGGGGAGUUUGAACUCUCAGCUGGCUGGGUGACCUUCGUGUCUUGUCCCGGGUCAUCACAGCAGCACCCUUUUUCUCUGUAAAUGGAAGUUGCACUACCUGCACACAGAUGUGGAGACAUCUGGGAGCAGCUUCCAAAGCAGCUUUGUGCAAAGCUAGGAGAGAUUUGUGGCUGCCUUUAAAAAGACAGUUUAGUGCAGGGAUCCCCAACCCCAGGGCUGCGGCCUGUUUAAAACUGGGCCACGGGCAAAUUGGGCAAGCAUGCGCACACAAAGCUCUGCUCGCGUGAGCAGAGGGCGCUUGUUCUCAUGCAUGAAGCUCCACUCGCGCAAAUGGAGCUUCACGUGCCAGUGACUUCUCGUGCUUUGCGUGUGAGCGCUCUCCGCUCAAGCACCCUCUGCUUGUACGAGUAGAUCUUCGCACACAAGUGCAAGAGCCUGCCAUUUGUGUGAGUGGAGCUUCGUGUGUAAGCACCCAUUGCUCGUUUAGAGCUUCAUGUGCGAGCACCCUUUGCUCACUUGUAGCUUCAUGCACGAGCACAACUGCUCUCCGCUCCCACGCAAAGCUUCAUUUGCACAUGGAGGGCAUGUGCACCAUUCACACAAAUUGAGCUGUGUGCGCCCACACCUGCCACACACCUGCCCCCCCCACACACUCAAGUCUGGGCCUCCAGGCUGGAAAGGUUGGAGGCCACUGUUAUAGUGCAUUCUGAAGCAUCUCUUUCUAAAGAUUGUGUGUGUGUGUGUGUGUGUGUGUGUGUGUGUGUGUGUGUGUGUACAAGUCAGCCCUUGACUUCUGAUUACAUUUCCUGGAGAAUGGUAGUGGCAAACCACUUUUAUAUUGCAAUAAAAAAUAAUUUUGAUAGUUGAAAUCACCCAGAAUUGAGAUUGUCUUGAGGAAGCCUCUAUUUUUAAAUAACAUGAUAAUCGUGAUUGAUGAUGAUGACAAUGUUAUUACUGUCAGGGUUCCAAGGAACACACCCAACAAAAUAAAGCUCCGAGGCCUGAGGUUCCUCAAAGUUCCCAUUUAUUAGAGAUGUCAUGUUGGCACAUCUGGGAAAACCCGAAUCUGAAAACUUCCAGGAUUUCCACACCCAGCUGACAGUUCACAGCCCUUCCCCACACCCACAAGUUCAUCACAUUGUGGCGAGGAGCCAAGGUGGCGCAGUGGUUAGAGUGCUGUGCUGCAGCUACUUCAGCUGACUGCUAGUUCAGCAGAUCAAAUCUCACCGGCUCAAGAUUGACGCAGCCUUCCAUCCUUCCGAGGUGGGUAAAAUGAGGAUCCAGAUUGUUGGGGGCAAUAUGCUAUUUAGUAUACUGUCUUUGGUGUAAGCCGCCCAGAGUCCUCGGAGAGUGGGCGGCAUAGAAAUAUGAUUAAUAAAAUAAAUAAUAAACAUUGCCUAAUUAACUCUUCACACUCCACCGGAUACAAUCUUCAGGCAGUCUCCAUCAGAUGCAGGCAAAAGUCCUUGAAUACGGAAUGUUGUUAUGACUCACUUUCUACCGCUCCAACAACAAUCCCCCUCCCAACUUCCCCAGCUAAAAUAUGUGGCAGUUUAGAAGCAAAAAGAAAAGUGUCUUCCAAAACUGACAAUUUCCAGUGGUGCAAAUGUGAGCGUUGGUAUCAGCCUGCCUUAAGGCAAAACCCAGAUAAGAUUUUCCUCCAGGUUGAGUGGUGACCUUUUGGUUGAAGCAUUUUCCUAGCAUGUUGGUUCCCAAAUAAGAGUUACACAGUAGCUAUUUCCGAUCAUCUAUCUAGAUUUAUGUAUUUCCCUCAUUGAAAAAUUACUUUUUUCAUUAUAUAUUAAAAAAUCAGAUAAUUUUGUAAUU